AUGCUUGAGUCAAGAGUCCACGAUAAGUGGGAAAAAAGGUUUGCACGCAGCCCUGUCUUGCCCAUAGCUGAAAUUGCUGCCCCGCGUGAGGGUUUCUUCCGCCGCCGUGCCUCCAUCCGUCCACCGCCGCCGUCCCUCCCACUCUGCGGCAUCCUUCCUCGAUCCGCGGUCGUCAAAUCAAAUCAAGACGAGAUCGGCAGGAUACACCGUAUCUCGCGCGACACCCAGCUGCAGCUGCUCGUGAGAUACAACCAUCAAUCUCGACGAGUUCCCGACGAUCAGAUCCAGGAUGCGGUGGACGACGGUGGCGAGAAGUGGCUAGAUGAAGGUCGCAUGGCCGUGUGCGGGUGGGCAGUCAGCACAAGAGGAGCAGCGGCGAUGUGUAUCUCAUCCUGCGGGGGGACAAGGAGGAUGGGAUGGAGCCUCCUGCAGUGGAGGACGACGAAGGGGCGUGGCGCCGCCCCUCCUCAGUGGAGGACGAUGACAAGGAGAUGCCGACGGCGUGAGAUUCCAAUUGAGACUUGCAGCGGCGGCAAAGUGAGGGCACGUGGCGACAGCGGAUCGAAAGCCACGGCAGCAGAUCGGUACCUUUGACUUUUUGGUGAAGCGAAGAAGUGAAGGACUAUCCUUCCUUUCAUACCUAAAAUGACCUGGUAGUUUUCCUAAGAAAGUUAUCCUAUCAUGUGAUAGACUAUUAGGUGAUCUCCCAUUAAUAAUGCAAUAGAAUCACUCCUGACUGAUCACCUGAAUCGCUCCUGACUGUUGUCAUUUGCAUCUUAAAUUAUCUGUCUAUGUACAUUAUUUAAUCACUACAUGUUUUUUUCUUACCAACUUAGAUCAUUUUCCAAAUGAAUCUUAGAUGAGAGGAAUAAGAAAUAUAUAAGUUGGUAGUUUUUUGUUUAUUUAACUUUUGAGAGAAAAAUAUAAGGUAGACCAUGUGGACAUACUCUUAAAAUUAUACGAUGAAUUGAUGUAGGGUCAUACAGACCAGAACUUUGUUGCACGGUCAUUGGGAAAAGUUAAGUCGUGCCUGAGUGGAUAAAAUAAAUGACAAAAUAUGACUAUUGCAUGGGAAACAAAUUCAAGUCAUAUCGUGUUCCCAUUUGGUUUUGUCUCUGUGUGUAGGUAGACGCUGUGAUAUUAAAGAAAAUGAAAUUCAAGGCUUUUUGAUAUGCUUACAUAGUUCAUCUAAGAUUAGUAAAAAACAUAUACUUAACCGGAACUCUCUCAAAAGAAACAAUAAGAGAAACGUUAAAUGAAUGAAUCUAUCAAUUUCUUACUUAUAUUUCAGAGUUUUAGUUAUAUAACAUAUUGGUUAUUCUUCAGGAUGCCUAAGCAAUUUUUACAUUUUGGUGUUGCAUCUGGUGUACAAUGAAAUAUAAGCAUUUUCUGAUGCACAAGACACAAAACAAACUGUAGUUUGGAAUAAUUAAACUUUCAAGAGCUUAUAACCAAGCCUCUAUAUUGAUCAUUAGUGCAAGUUUUCACACGCAAUUCUUUUUUCAAAAAGGUUUAGUUGAUGUAUUGGUUUAAAAAGCUAGCUUGUGCAUUUGCACGGGUUUUAUAGAACGCGACGUUCGUGUUGUGCUCGCGCCGGUCUGCUAUGGGUGUGUGAUGUGUGCCGGCCAGCGUCCGUGUUCUUGUGUGUGGCGCUCCACAGGCAGAGGAAGCUGCUGGCUUCCUGCAGAGGAGGAUUAGGAUUAGUAUAGCAUAGAUUAUGAUAUCUCCCUUGAUUUCUGGUUUGCAUUAGUAUAACAGGGCACUGAUAUUUGUUUUGUGGUGUAGGAGCUUGAAGACAACAAGGGGCCAUAGGAUAUCCAUAGGAUUCAUGGAAAAACAUUCUUCUAUGAUUUUCUCCCCGAAACUGAAAUUAUUUCGCCCCUAAAUUCAAAUCCUUUUGAGAGAGUGAGUAUUUAUGAGUAUGCUCUAUUGAUGUGACAAACUUGAAUACAACAAGGACUGGAAAGUAACUGCAUUUCUCACCCUUCCACUUAUAUUCAAGGCAACAUCAAACUUCAGUCAGAAGAACAUGACCAGGCAGGGAGCUUCCUACAACACUGGAUGUGAGAAAGUUUGGCAUUAGCAAGUGCGGCCACCACUCUGCCCCUCCCCUCUGCACUAUCCUUGGCUACCUUGUUGCUCACUUCGUGUGUGGCCACUUCAUCCCCAACCUAUCAGAGCAGAGUCUGGUAGACUGGUGGACAAAAGACUACACCAGUUUCAGUUUCAUGUCUUGUACGGUUGGAACUUACAAAAUUUAUUAUGUUCAGUGCUCUCCAGUAAGUAACAAUACAAGAGAAAAAAGUAUUACUAUUUUAAUCGUA